GCUCUCUACUUCCUCCCUUCACUCACCAAUGAUACCAAUGAUGCAUGUGUUCGCCUCGAUAACCUGAAAUUUUGCGAUCCAAAGUGCAGCCUUACGACAAUACUUAUUCCAGCGUGCUAAAGAAGGAGACGGUGAUGAAUGACCAAGUACUUCGGUGAGAAAAAAUGGAGCGAGACGCCUUUGGAAGUCAGGAUCGAGACGCCACAGCGUGCAGAUGAUUGACCCAUGGCCCCUGCGAUCUCCAAGAGGAAACUUCCAAUGAUGCAUUCUUAUAUCCACCGACCCCUUGACGUUAUCUUGUCUUUCCUGCUCGUUCCUCGAAUCCUCAUCAAGCAUGAAUUCCUCUUCUCUCACUACGAGUUCAGAAUUUGAGACUUAUAUACUUGCUUUGGGCACGGUUCUUUGGGUCACUAUUUGUAUCAUACGACGAAGAUCUAGGUUAUCGCUGCCUUUGCCACCCGGUCCGAGGGGAUAUCCCUUCAUUGGCAACCUGUUUGACGUUCCAACGGAGCGUGAAUGGGAAGCAUGGGAAAGAUGGGGGAAGAAAUACGGGGACAUAUCUUCGGUGACGGUGCUGGGUCGAACCAUCGUCGUAUUGAACUCGUAUUCCUUGGCCAAAGAACUCCUAGACGGUCGAUCAGCCAAGUACUCAGACAGGCCUUACCUGUCGAUGCCAAACCUCUGUGGGUGGAAAGAUACACUUCUGAUUUUAGGUUACGGACGGGUUUUUCGUACUCAACGAAAGCUUUUCCAUGAAACGAUGGGGACAAUGGAAAAAUUCCAUCGCUUCUAUCACAUCGAAGAUGAACAAAGUCGAAAGGUUAUAAGGGGAAUACUAUCGGAUCCCGAGCAUUUCGUGGAGCACAUCGAAACUGGUGUCGCCUCGAUCGUCCUUCGAAUUGCAUAUGGUUACACUAUUCGCGAAAAUGACCCUCUACUUGCAAAAUGCAAACAAAUAACGGAGGAUUUUAUUCAGAUGACGUCGCACAAGUUUCUCGUAAACAAGAUACCGUUCUUGCGACACUUACCGGGAUGGAUGCCUGGCGCCAACUUCAAAAAGCUUGUCAAAGAGUGGAAACAAAGAGUGGAGGAAAUGAUAGACGACCCUUUCGACUGCGUCAAGGAGCAAAUGGCAAAAGGUACCGCGGAGCCCUCAUUUGUGUCGACAAACCUCGAAAAUAAUGAAGACGAAUACUCCAUCAAGCGUACUGCUGUCGCAAUCUAUGCAGCUGGAUUCGAUACUACAGUCGUCACCAUAAAGGUCUUCUUCAAAGUCAUGGUUUUGUUUCCCGAGAUCCAAGCACGCGUUCAAGCCGAGAUCGAUUCAAUAACGGGGGGUGACCGGCUACCCACCCUCGCCGACCGCGACCAAGGUUUACUCCCGUACACCCUUGCAACGCUUUACGAAGUUUUCAGAUGGCACUUGCCCCUUCCUACCGGCUUUCCUCACCGCACAGUGGAAGACGACACCUACAACGGCUACUUCAUCCCUAAAGGAUCUAUCGUUGCUUUCAAUUCAUUGCAAAUGUGUCAUGACCCCAAUUUAUACCCUGAUCCUGAAGUGUUUGACCCAACACGGUUUUUGGGCCAUUCACCUCAGCUCGACCCCCGUGAGCUGAUCUUUGGGUUUGUUCGGCGUACUUGUCCUGGUCGUUUCUUAGCAGAAGCUUCUGUGUUUCUGACUAUGGCAAGGACUCUUGCGGUGUUUAAUAUAACGAACGCAGUCGAUAUGGAUGGCGUUUCCUUGAAAGCGCAUCCAGUGCAGUUGACGGGAGCUAUAAGUGAUACGCCAGAUUUCAAGUGUACUAUCAAGCUAAGAAGUGAAAAGGCCAUGUCAUUGAUUAACGAAACCCUUUAAGUUUUAGAAAGCUCGUCAUUUUGUAUUUUACAACAGACAGA